CCCAUAGGCUGGUAUAAAGUGCCGUGACCCCCAGGCAGCACGCCAGGGUUGGUGGGCAUCAGGGACAGGGACUUCUGCAGCUAUGGCCCAGCGAUGGGGCACCCAAAGGUUCGCAGGCGCACAGCCACAGGGCAGCUAUGAGGACAGCACCCAGGCGAGCAUCUUCAUCUACACCAACGUCAACAGCACCAAAGACCCCUUUGAAGGCCCCAAUUACCACAUUGCUCCCAGAUGGGUGUACCACCUCACCAGCGUCUGGAUGAUCUUCGUGGUCAUUGCGUCUGUCUUCACUAACGGGCUUGUGCUGGCGGCCACCAUGAGGUUCAAGAAGCUGCGCCACCCUCUGAACUGGAUCCUGGUGAACUUGGCGGUUGCGGACUUAGCAGAGACCAUCAUUGCCAGCACCAUCAGCGUUGUGAACCAGAUCUAUGGCUACUUUGUGCUGGGCCACCCUCUGUGCGUCCUGGAGGGCUACACCGUCUCCCUGUGUGGGAUCACAGGUCUCUGGUCCCUGGCCAUCAUUUCCUGGGAGAGGUGGCUAGUGGUCUGCAAGCCCUUUGGCAAUGUGAGAUUUGACGCCAAGCUGGCCAUCGCGGGCAUCGCCUUCUCCUGGAUCUGGGCUGCUGUGUGGACGGCCCCACCCAUCUUCGGUUGGAGCAGGUACUGGCCCCAUGGCCUGAAGACUUCGUGCGGCCCAGAUGUGUUCAGCGGCAGCUCGUACCCCGGGGUGCAGUCUUACAUGUUGGUCCUCAUGACCACGUGCUGCAUCAUUCCACUCAGCAUCAUUGUGCUCUGCUACCUGCAAGUGUGGCUGGCCAUCCGAGCGGUGGCAAAGCAGCAGAAAGAGUCCGAGUCCACCCAGAAGGCUGAGAAGGAGGUGACGCGCAUGGUGGUGGUGAUGGUCCUCGCGUACUGCCUCUGCUGGGGGCCCUACACCUUUUUCGCAUGCUUUGCUGCUGCCCACCCUGGCUACGCCUUCCACCCUCUGGUGGCCGCCCUGCCAGCCUACUUUGCCAAAAGUGCCACUAUCUACAACCCCAUUAUCUAUGUCUUCAUGAACCGGCAGUUUCGAAACUGCAUCUUGCAGCUUUUCGGGAAGAAGGUUGAUGAUGGCUCUGAACUCUCCAGCACGUCCAGGACAGAGGCCUCAUCUGUCUCCUCGGUGUCACCUGCGUGAGGUCUGCCUCCUACCCUUCCCACCCACUGGAGCUUUGGCCACCCCACUCCCCUUCUUCUCCAUCCCCAUGAAAUCAAUGAAAUUUCUCUUUGCCAAAACCAA